AGUAACGCACGCCCGGCCGGGCAUCCCGCUCCGCUCGGGCGGCACUCGGGGCGGAGGGCGAGGCCAUGGCCGCGGCGAGGCCCCCGCCGGUGGCGGAGCUGCUGGCCCGGGCGCGGGCGGCCUUCCUGGCGGAGUUCGGGGCCGAGCCCGCGCUGGCGGUGGCGGCGCCCGGCCGCGUCAACCUCAUCGGGGAGCACACGGACUACAACCAGGGCCUGGUGCUGCCCAUGGCUCUGGAGCUGGUGACCGUGAUGGUGGGCAGCCCCCGGACCGACGGCCUGGUCUCCCUCCUCACCGCCUCCGAGGAAGCGGACGAGCCCCGGCUGCUGCAGUUCCCCUUGCCCACAGCCCAGCGGGCCCUGGAGCCGGGCACCCCCCGAUGGGCCAACUAUGUUAAGGGAGUGAUUCAGCACUACCCAGCCGCCCCGCUCCCCGGCUUCAGCGCAGCGGUGGUCAGCUCGGUGCCCCUGGGCGGCGGGCUGUCCAGCUCGGCGGCCCUGGAAGUGGCCACGUACACCUUCCUGCAGCAGCUCUGCCCAGACUCGGGGACAGUCGCCGCGCGGGCCCAGGCGUGCCAGCAGGCCGAGCACAGCUUCGCGGGGGUGCCCUGCGGCAUCAUGGACCAGCUCGUGGCCCUGCUGGGGCAGGAGGGCCACGCGCUGCUCAUCGACUGCAGGUCCCUGGAGACAAGCCUGGUGCCGCUGUCUGACCCCAAGCUGGCCGUGCUCAUCACCAACUCCAACGUCCGCCACGCCCUGGCCUCCAGCGAGUACCCACUGCGGCGCCGCCAGUGCGAGGAGGUGGCCCAGGCGCUGGGCAAGGAGAGCCUCCGGGAGGUGCAGAUGGAGGAGCUGGAGGCGGGCAGAGACCUGAUAAGCAAGGAGGGCUUCCUGCGGGCGCGGCACGUCGUGGGGGAGAUCCAGCGCACGGCCCAGGCGGCGGACGCCCUCCACCGGGGCGACUACCGAGCCUUCGGCCGCCUCAUGGUGGAGAGCCACAACUCCCUCAGGGACGACUUCGAGGUGAGCUGCCCGGAGCUGGACCAGCUGGUGCAGGCUGCGCUGUCGGCGCCCGGGGUCUACGGCAGCCGCAUGACGGGCGGCGGCUUCGGGGGCUGCACGGUGACUUUGCUGGAAGCUUCCACGGCUCCCCAGGCCAUGCAGCACAUCCAGGCGCAGUAUAGCGGCACCGCCACCUUCUACCUCUCCCAGGCCGCCAGCGGAGCGCGGGUGCUGCGCUGAUGAGCUGCCCUGGGAGCUCCACGCGGGGCCUGCAGGCGGCAGCCGGGAAGCGCCGUGCCGCUGGGCCUGCCCCCGCACCUGGAGCUCAAUAAACGUGUGCCUCAGA